CAUAGUAGUAACAUGUCAAAAUUUCAGUUUUAGAAAAAUUGCUUUGGGUUCUGGGUGGCAAAUGGAUUGGAGGGGGCAAGGUAAGCCAUAAGACUGUCAAAAUCAGAUGAGAAGUAGUGGGGCCUGAACUUGGGAAGUGGUAGUAGGAGAUUUUGAAAGUAUUAAAAAUGGCCCCAGCUCUGCACCUGAGGCUCAAGCAGCUAAGGCGCCAGCCACAUACACCUGAGCUGGCAGGUUCAAAUCCAGCCCGGGCCUGCCAAACAACGAUGCCAGCUGCAACCAAAAAAUAGCUGGGCGUUGUGGCAGGUGCCUAUAGUCCCAGCUACUAGGGAGGCAGAGGCAAGAAAAUCGCUUAAGUCCAGGAGUUGGAGGUUGCUCUACUGAGGGCAACAGCUUGAGGCUCUGUCCCGGCUCCCCGCCCCUCCCCCCCCCCAAUGGCCCUGGUGGGACUUAGUGACCUACUGGUUGUGAGGGUGUUUGCACUAGGUGGUAGGUAUAGGUGUGGAGGUUUUGAGAAGCCUGAUGAAGAUUCACUGUCCCCUACCCCUUGACAGGGAUGCCCAGGGCAAAGUGCAGAGCUUGUUGGAGGUAGAUUAGUGGAUAUACCUGUCCCCCGCAUUAGUGGAUAUACUUAGCUGAGACAUCCAAAGUUUUUCAGGGCUGGUAGAGGCCUAGAGGGCAUAGCACUGUCCAAGUGUGCCAGAGACCUGCUUUGAGGCAGAGAAUAUAAUCACUCUGGGCUUUGCUUUCCUCAUUAAUUAAGGGGGGAACACUCUUUGAUUGCAGCAAGGGGUGUAAAAGUGUUCAUGAAUUAUAGUGUGACACUGUCCAAAGGGUUGUUGGUUUUGUUCCUUGUCUUUAGAUCAGGUCAUGAGGUUUUCCCAGGUCCUAACAGGCUCCUCAGUAUAAAUUAGAAUUGGGACUGGGGACUGUGAGUGUCAGGUCAUAUGGCUAAUGAGAAGCAAUCUCAGUCCCAGUUUGGGGCCUCUGAAUGGCUUUGCCCACUGUGGCCCAGUCUUUCUGUGGGACGAUGGCCUGUCCUCCUCCUGCUCUGUACUCCCCUCUGUCCCCACUUCUGAGAUUGAUGAUCUAAAUAUUUGGGAGGCUGAAGUCUGAAGAUGAUGGAGUGGGAAGGGUGGGGGCAGUGUAGGGGGUGACUGGUGCUGGGGAACUUCAGAAGUUGCAGAGGAGCAGAAUGGGUGAUAGGCAGGGACUGGAGAGCUAUCAGGGGUGUGGGGAUGAGAUCUCUUGGUAGGAAGGGGAUGCCCACCUGGUCUGGUCUGGGACCUCUGGGAGGAACGUCAGAACUGCCCUGCAAAGUGCAGGGCUCUGCACGCAGAGCCUCAACCCUCUUCCACUUGUGAAGCCAAGCAAGUGUGGAGGCAACUGUGAGCUCAGGGGCCUCACCUUUACUGUUAGGAACUCAAGGCCCAGAGUUAAAAGACUUGCCGGGGACAAGGAGCAGCUUAGUACGAAUUAUAGGUUGUGACAUAGGCCUGAAGUGGGGGUCUAGAGUCCUAGAGGAGGGACUGAAAAGGACAACCUUGUAAAGGAAUAGGCUUCAGGGGACAGCCCUGCAGGUUCAUUGCCUUUCAGGGCUCCUCAAAGCUGGCUGAAAGGCAAAGGGCCUGCUACUACCCUGUGGAUGAGAGCCUGGAGGCCAGGCCCUAGAAGAGUCUCAUAAGACACUGGGCUUACUACUGGGCACAGCCUUGUUGUUUUUCUAAAGAUUUCCAUCCUACUUUGCCCUCUCUUCAGCCAGCUGCAGCCCCUGCUGACCGGUGCCACCUCUCCUGCAGCAUAAGUGAUCUGAUGGCUCCCAGCUUGCCGUAGAUGGGUUGCUUCCAUUUCCACCCUCCUGAGUUCUUUUACCUGGGCAAAUGGGCCCAGUGGGUUGGCCAUGAAUGUGCAAGGACACUUGUGUCACUAAUGGACUGGCAUUUCAGUUUUCAUGAAUGCUGUGUAGUGAUUUCUGUUGAUAUGGAUUAUAGUGGCACAUGUGUGUCCGUAGAUCUGUAGGUAUGUCUGUAGGUUUUAUUUUAUUUUUUUGAGACAGAGUCUCAAGCUGUCACCCUGGGUAGAGUGUCGUGGCAUCACAGCUCACAGCAACCUCAAACUCUUGGGCUUAAGUGAUUCUCUUGCCUUAGCCUCUCAAGUAGCUGGGACUACAGGCACCCACCACAACACCUGGCUAUUUUUUGGUUGCAGUUGAUAUUGUUGCUUAGCAGACCCUAGCCGGGUUCAAACCCGCCACCCUAGGUGAAUGUGGCCGGUGCCCUUGCCGACUGAGCUACGGGCGCCACACCUGUCUGUAGGUUUCCUCUGUAUUUGCAGAUACUAUUUUGUAGCUGUUCUCAUGUGUAUGAAUAUCUCUGUAUUUUCAUAUCUUCAAACUUUUGUUUCCUUAGCUAUGUUUAGAUAUGAUUGCCUCUGGGUGUGUUUGUGUGUGCAUUUGGUGUUGAUGUCAGUUUCUCAUAUGCCCAUAAGCAUAUAUUUAAAAUUAAAACACCAGCUAUUAACUGAAAUUGUUUUUCAGGGAGAGAACAAUGCUUCCUGGCUUGUCCUCAGGUAUUUGUUGUUAGUGACAAAGUCUGGGGCCAGAGGAGCCUCUUCCUGGGAGUCCUCCAUUGCUUGUUUCAUUCAUUCAUUAUGUACUGAGUACCUUCUGCAUCUCAGGGACUGGCAGGGCAAGGGAGCAAGUCCCCACUCCCUGGGGUUCACAUGAGGAAGUUGUGCAGUGAGGACACACAGUCUCCUGUGAGGAGAGGACCAGGCUGCUUUGGGGACUAGGUAGACCUGGAAGGGAGAAGCAACUGUGGGUUGGAAAGGAUAGCGCUGACAGAAAGGGGCAGGCUGUUCAGGCAGUGGCCUGGGGUCUAGGGGGCCAGCUCCUGCCAGAGUCUCCGGUGACUGCAAGGGGCUAUUGGUACAGCUAGUCAGUGUCCAGCAAGUGAGGACCUGGUGGGGCCUCAUGGCUGAGAAGGGCCUGGUGCAGGGCCUUUGACCUGGUUUGGGGAGCUGCCUCCCACCCAACCCAAAGCCUCAGCUCCUGGUGGAAGAUGGCAGGGCAAGGACCUGGCCAACACUGAUGCUGGGGAGGCCUCUAGGGAUGGAGAGCUGCCUGGCCAGUGACAGCUCAGGAGAUGGGCUGGUGAUGAAGAUCAAGCAAGAGAAACCGGAGUGGCUGCUGCAGACGCUGGCGCCGCAGGCUGUGCUUUCCAAGAAAGAUAAGGAGAACAUUUUCCAGCAGCAUGGGGCCCUCCCACAAUGCCAGACCAUGGGAAGGCCUCGAGCCCUGGGGGGACAAGAGGAGGCUGGAGGUGCCCGGUGGACCCCUUCCACAGAGCAGGAUGGGGGGCUGGCAGGCCGGGCUCCCGGGGCAGCUCCCGCCCCCCUGAGCCCCGCGCUUUCUGUCAGUGAGGGUCACUUUGUGUGCCUGGACUGCGGGAAGCGGUUCAGCUGGUGGUCAUCCCUGAAGAUCCACCAGCGCACUCACACCGGGGAGAAGCCGUACCUCUGCGGCAAGUGCGGCAAGAGCUUCAGCCAGAAGCCCAAUCUGGCGCGCCACCAGCGGCACCACACGGGCGAGCGGCCCUUCUGCUGCCCUGAGUGCGCGAGACGCUUCAGCCAGAAGCAGCAUCUGCUCAAGCACCAGAAGACCCACUCCCGGCCCGCCACCCACUCGUGCCCCGAGUGCGAGCGCUGCUUCCGCCACCAGGUGGGCCUCCGCAUCCACCAGCGUGCGCACGCUCGGGACCGCCUGGGGGCCCGCGCAGGCCUGCACGAGCUGCUCCGGGACGCAGCGGCGCGCCGGGUCUGUCACCUACGGUCAGUGCCGCCACCGCCACCGCCGCGGGGGCGCCCCGAGUGGGCCUGGCUGGGGCUCUGCCAAGGCUGGUGGGGCCAGCCAGACGCCCGGACUGCAGAGCCCAGCCCCUCCGGGCCGGGCGAACAGCGUCAGUUCAUCUGCAACGAGUGCGGCAAGAGCUUCACCUGGUGGUCGUCGCUGAAUAUCCACCAGCGCAUCCACACUGGCGAGCGGCCCUACGUGUGCCCCGAGUGCGGCCGCCGCUUCAGCCAGAAGCCCAACCUCACGCGGCACCUGCGCAACCACACGGGCGAGCGCCCGCACCCGUGCCAGCACUGCGGCCGCGGCUUCCGCCAGAAGCAGCACCUGCUCAAGCACCUGCGCACGCACCUGCCGGCCGCGCCCACCGCGCCCUGUUCCCGCUGCGGGAAGAGCUGCCCCAGCCGCGCGGCACUGCGAGCCCACCAGCGCACGCAUGCCGCUGCCGAGCUGCUGCACCCCGAGCCCUCGGCCCCAGACAGGGAGCUGGGUCCCGACCCACAGUCUGGGCGGUCCCCAGGCUCAGCUGCUCGGCCGCGCAGCCCCCAGCGGCCCGGAGGAGCCAGCGACGUGCUGUGGGGUCGGGGGCGCACGGGCCUGGCGGGAGCUGGGGAGCCACGUCAGUUCAUCUGCAACGAGUGCGGGAAGAGCUUCUCGUGGUGGUCGGCGCUCACCAUCCACCAGCGCAUCCACACGGGCGAGCGGCCCUACGUGUGCCCCGAGUGCGGCCGCCGCUUCAGCCAGAAGCCCAACCUCACGCGGCACCGGCGCAACCACACCGGCGAGCGGCCAUACCUGUGUGCAGCCUGUGGCCGUGGCUUCCGCCAGAAGCAACACCUGCUCAAGCACCAGCGCGUGCAUCGCGGAGCCCUGGCACCCAGCCCCAAGGAGGAGGCGCUCUAGUGGACUGGGGUUGAGCAGACCUGUGGUGGAGGCAGGGGGAGGUUUGCGUGUGAGCGCCUGGGGAAUAGGGGCGGCCGGAGUGCAGGUUCUUAGAACCCCCUGCGGUAAAACCGAGAACAAAGCUCCAGAAGCAUCCCGAAGGAUGCUGGGUAAAGGUCCUAGGGUGUGUGGAGGGAGGAGGUAAGAGCGACGUUCCUCACCCCAGAACCUGAAGGUGUCGGUGAUGAGCUGGGGGCCGUCUGCUUACCUUUUCAGCGGUUAGAACCCAGGCCUCAAGCCUGGAGUCGGGGGAGAGGCAACUGGUGUGAAGUUGCCCAGGUCUGCACUGGUCAGCCAUAACACCAGGCUGUCACACUUAGGCUGCAGAAUGGCCAGGAAGCCACCCCUGUGGGAGAAUCCCAGCAGACUCAUUGACACCAAGGAUGGGAGCCAGAGGCUGUGGCUAGGGAAGGGCAAGCAUAUCCCCAGCACCAAGGCCAGUCAGCACUUAGUGGCCAUUCAGUAUUUCUGGAGUGGUUGGAUGUUCUCCGGCCUGAGUGCCCUGUUGCCCAGGGUGCUGGGUAUGGCAGGAUGACCCUAGAAAUGGUGUGUAUGUGAUGGGCAGGGGUGGGAUGGGCUUAGCUGAGGUUUGGUUGCUUGGGAGCUGGGCCGCAGAGCCUGAUGUGCUGCUCCUACUGUGGUUCCAGGCGUGCCCAGAGUGGCUUGGUUGACUUUAUGGACUUGGAUCCUUUCAAUCUCCAUGUUGCAGAAGAGAAAAUGAAGGAUGAGAUAUUCUGUGUGGUCUCAUUGUCCUCUCUAAGCCAACCAUUGCUAAGGCAAAGGUGUGUGUGUGCUGAGGAAUCUAUUUACCCGGAGCCCACUGCAGGGAGCUUUUUGCCAUGAACACAGCUUCUCCCCAUCCCUAGUUCUUGCCUGGGGUGGAGGGCAGUUUUCUCUCCUCUCCUUUCCAAGUUAGUUUUAUGUGUCCUCUCACAUACUGUCCUCUGCCAGUAUGUCCUGCCCCCAAGAGGUUACCCCUCAUGCCCAUCCAAAGAAGGGUUGGUUGAGGCCCUGGUCCUGCAGGAGAACCCAGGGUUGCAGCCCAGGCUGUAUUGUCCCAGAGUGGGGAGAAGUGGCAGAGGGAAAAGGUGGGUAUUGGGGUGCCAGGGUUGGAUAGCUGGGAGGUGAGAGGAAGAAAGGGGGGGAACUGUAUCUGUCUACCCUCCCCAUCCCCGGGGGGUCAGAUCCUUUGCUGAACAUGAGAAAUGCCACCUUCUCUAGGAGCUGCUGCAGUUUAGUCUGGCUUCUGAUCACUCUUCUCUUCAGAUCUUGUUUAAUCCUUCCUAUCUGGGAAGCUCUAGUUGUAGCAUCACACAAAGACAUGAAGGUGCUAGGGAGGACAAGGAGGACCAUCCCAACAGUUCACCUGAUGGGUAGCACAGUGCCUCAGAGGGUUAGCACUAAUUCCUGGUCCAGUUCUUGGACCACAAGCCUUGUGGUGUGACAUCUCGCACUGGGCAAUGUGUGCUGGAGUCAUUGCACUCACUGGGGCACUCAACUCUUAGGAUCAGCAGGAAACCAAACCAGAAGGGUUUUCCUGGGCACUAUCUCUGCCCACAGCACCCCUGUGCUCUGAUCUCUGGUGCCUGCCCCUGUCCUGGGGCUCCUCCCCCAGCCUGCCCGCCCUGCAUCUCAUCAGAACCUACUUUAACCAUGGGGGAGGCUUAGGAGUCAUUUGCUUCUUCCUUUUGUCACUUAGCAAAUCCUGAAAUCAACUUGAGCAAGCCCACCCGCCCUACAAGGACAUUCCUGAGUACCAUACUUCAUUCCUGGGUUAGCCACUGCCUGCAUGGUCCUGCGGAAACGCUGGUUGUUUAGAAUCAGGUGGUUGAGCAGGUAGUGCAGGCAGACACUGAAGAGCCAGCCCUGCAGUAGUGUCUUUUUUAUUUUUUAUUUUUUUUGCAGUUUUUGGCUUGGGCUCGGUUUGAACCUGCCACCUCCAGCAUAUGGGGCCGUUGCCCCACUCCUUUGAGCCACAGGCGCCGCUCAGUUUCUUUAUGAUAGAAUGUGUUCUCUUCCUUAUGUGGCCUGUGUUUAAUGAUAAAAUCAAUCUGACAGCUGUGUUGGUAGGACUUGGGGUUAAGGAGACCUAAUUGCAUUUUUUUUCCCUGUGCAAAUCUGUGAGAAUGCCUGUUAACUGACUCCAGGUGAUUGGGCCUCCCACAAAUGGGUGCUUUGGGUCACAAGGCAGAUGGGGUCAAAUUCCUGAGAGUGAAGAAUUACUGAGGUAUAUGCUCCAUUGACUAGGUCAGGGGACUCCACGUCACUGGUUCACUAAAUGAGCCUACUGUGUGCUAGACUUUUGGGGUGCUUUGACUAAGACACAGUCCCUGUUAUUUAGGAGCUUUAAGGACCUUCAUGGAAAA